AUGAACAUCAUGUCAAUACAAGUUUGUGCAUAGUAAAAAAUGCAAGCUAGUCAUAGCCUAUGGUUUCUUCAGUUAAUUAGUAAUGAGUUACAUGUCAUGAUUUUGGUGGGUUGUGUGGGUGCAGGGCCAGUGAUGAGUUUGAAUGAACAAAUCCAUGACUUUGAAAGUUCAACGCUGCCAGAACUGGAGCAACUCUUGUGUUCCCUAAGGGAAGAGUUACUGCCCGAUUACAUGUUUGUGGUGGGAAAAGGUGGCGACGAUUACACUCUCAAUUACUUCUUUAAUCUCACUAAUCCUCGUCCAAACCUCGACGGCUCCACUUCCAAUCUCAUUGCCGCACUGUCAGCCAAGUUCCUGCUCAGCUACUCAAUGGCAAGCUCAAAUCCAUGGUCGACACCCUGAAUCAACAGCAACCUGAUUCCAAGUUCGUGAUGAUCAACGCCUAUGGGAUUAUCGACCAGAUUCUCAACAAACCUGUGUUGGCAGGUAAACAAUGCAUAAACUCUGAACCCCUAA